AUGGUGUAUAUUCAUCGAAUUUCGAUAUACAGAUCUAACUACUUCAUGAAGUUUAUACAAAGUCAAGUGAGAGAAAUUAACGCAUUCUUGUCGCGUCAUUUGCGAGUUUACAGUUUAUUCUCAUGUGUUAUAUGGUUAUUACUUAUCGGUGCAUUCUUGCGCACAACUUGGAAUCUAUCCUAUAUAAUUUGGAAUCAAUCAAGUUAUGAUAAUAAUGCGAAUUUAAACAAUUAUGAUAAGCGUUGGAAACCAACUAUUCAUACUGUUUCACGGCUAACUGAUGCAAUGCUUAAUUUAUGGCCUGUGUAUAUUGCGAAAGGUAUUUUGCCACCAAGUGAUAUAACUUUGAUUAGUUUCAGUAGUCAGUCACCGUUUCCGUUUGAUAGUCAGUUAAAUUCUGUAACAGAGUUCGAUAAACGAGAACAACACCGAGUAUUAUUAACUAAUAUAUUUCAUGGCUUGAUCACCCGAUUAAUAUGGAUUUAUCCAUCCUGGAAACAAUCAUCUUUCAAUCAAUUUUAUAAGAAAUCACAAUUUCAUGUUGGUUUAGCUCGGAUCAACUUACUGGAAGAUGAUAAUAAUAAUAAUACUAAUAGUAAUAAUGACUUGAAAUCUAAUUUUCCAUCAAGGAUUACAACUUUUUGUUUAUGUAAUCCGGCUGGAAACUUUUGUAGUUUACCUUUGUUAUCCUCAUCAAAAAUUCAUAUACCAAGACAAUCUUGUUCAGUGGCUAGCAGUUUUAUAUAUGAAGAAAUUAUUGAUGUAAUGGCCGAAUCAAUUUUAUCCCAAGAUGAAAAUGAACGUUUGACGAAGGAUUUAAUUUACUUGUUUUCACGUGAAUCGUAUUUUCAAUCAGACAAGUCAACACUUUCUAAAACAUCAUCAUCACCAUCUCAUACUUCGUUAUUUCGUAAUAAACGUACUGUGUGGAUUAAUAGUCUAUUCAUAUUACACAUAGAUAUGAAUUAUUUUUUUGAAUCUAUUACAAAAGUAAAUAACACGUCAUCUGAUUUGUCUGAAUGGUUUACUGAUUAUAUUCGUAUGAAUUCAUUAAAUGACAGUAAUGUUGAUUUCAGCGCAUAUGAACCUCAAGUGGAAAGUGCUUACUUAACUUCACAUAAGAACGAUAAAUAUAUUGCUGAUAAUAAAGAUAAUAACAGUAAUGACAAUCACAUUCCAGUUAUACCAGCUUCAAUAAUUCAUCAGUACACUAUAUUAUUAAAGGAUGUGUAUAAUAAAUUAUCAUAUUUAUCAUUAACUGAACAAAAUCAUUUAAUUAAUGAUAUCAAUCAAUUCAUUAAUUCAAUGCUUCAUUUUAUAACUACACAUGAUCCGAAUCUGUUAUCAUACUGGUCAAAUCAAUCAUUGAUAUCUAGUACAUCUUGUUGUUAUUUAAAGCCUUCUAUUGAAUUAAUUUCAUUGAAUUCAAAUGAGAAUAUAUAUGUUUUUAACCAAUGGAAAACUAGAUAUCAGAUAGCAUUUUAUUAUCUUGAUAAUUAUUGUUCAUAUUCGGAUGCAAUGAUUAAUGUUUUAUUAAAUAAACCGACAAUUAUGGUUGGUGCAAAAAAAGAAUUAUCAAGUUUAUGGAGUUGGUUGUGUACGUUGAAUACGGUUACAUUAAAAUUCAUCAGCCAAUUUGUAGUCUGUACCUAUCAAAGUGAAAAUCAUAUGCAAUCAAUUGGUUUGUGUAAUCGCGAAAAAUCCUCAUUAAUUUCAUUUGAUGAAAUACCUGUAAUUCAAAGAAGUUCUCUUACGUUAUAUACAUUAGAAAGUGUCAUCACAUGUUUACCUCGUCCAUUAUCUGUGAAUUUAGUAAUGCAUCCAUCAUGGGAACAACUUAUUCAUAAAAUGCAUCUGUCUACUGAAUUGUGCAAGAUACUCAAUGAAUCUGUUCUAAAUAAACAGGAUAACCUUUCACGGAAGGGGUAA